AGGUGCAGAAUCUUCAACCCACAGGGGCCCGUGCUUUCCACAUGCCGGGUUCCACCCAUGGGUCCUGGCAGGCACGGCGCAAUCGCCGUGACAGGAGAAGAGGAUGGACGAGCUCUCUAAAGCGUCGUACACUGUCACGAUCAGUCCGGGACGCAGCACUGUCGUACAACGGCUCGAGAUGCCGAAGCGCGGGCGACCGAGGGCGCCGGGCCGCGGGGCCCCUUCCCCCCAACUAUCUACUGGAGACGAAGAGCAGGGGGGCGUUCCCCAGCUUACCACAGCGUCUCUACCGCCGCCGUCGCCGCCGGCGACGGCGGCGGUUGCGUCGAACGUGCCUAGGUUUGAGGUCCCUUUAGAUAUUCGCUCUAUUCCGGAUCUGUGGCUCCUGUGGAGAUACGGAAGGGCUGGCAUGCCUUCAAUCGAGUCACUCGAGGCUAACUAUGGUGCUGCUUGGCGCCCUAAGUCGCAGAAGUCCGUCUUCUGCGGUCGAAAGGCAAUCGUCGACUUCAUCCUGGGCAAGUCGCGCGAGCGGGGCGGCGCAGAAAGCGCCGCCGAACAGUCGCGUGUUAUCGCGCAAAUGGAGGAGCUGUGCCCCAAGUGGUCUCUUGACAAGGUCACGAAGGCUAUCAAGAACGGAGAUCUGGAGCGUAGAUGGCCGCCGGAAGCGUGAAAAGGGGGUUGCCUGGCUGUUCCUCUUCUUUUCGUUCUUUUGGU